CUAAAAGUGCUAUCAAAGCCUGGAUAUGGGUUUGAUUCUAACUAUCUUGCCUGCCUUCAUUGUUCCGAUGUUGAACCACUCGACGAAGAUAGCUCUGAGGACGAUGAGAACUACGAAGAGGGGAUUAAGGAAGAAACCCAAUCGGUAAAUGCACUCUUGUCUUUGGCUUCAGAAAUUUCCGAAGUUGCUCACAUAUGUCGGAGAUCGCUGCAUGUGCAACCGAUUCAUCCCAGCUUGGCGCCAAAAGGAGCCCAGAACCUCUUUCAGGUUUUAAUGCUUUAG